AUGAUGGACAUUGGCUUUGAUCUUGAAACAGAUAAAAAUAGCUUCAUUUGGUACUUAAAAUAAAUUCUAAUUGCUGAAUUACCUACUAAUUGGUAACUUGAAACUGAUGAUUAAAAUCAAGAGCUCUAUUAUAACAUACUUACGAAGGAAGUGGUGGAAAAGCAUCCCAUGAUUCCUUAAUACAGAUAAAUUUUCAUGAGACUUCUACAGAUGAAGAAAUUGCGAAAUGUCUAUCAAAAGGAGGGUCUAAACGAUAUGAUUAUAAGUGCUGAAUAGAAAAAAGCAAUCUUGCUCAAAAGAUGGCAAGAAAAUAAAAUUAUUGAGGACUCCUACGAUGUGAAUCUAGUUGGCACCUCAUUAAAGCUAACAAAUGCAAGACUAAGUGACAAAGAAAAGAUCAUAGAGGAACUUUAGAAUAUAUACAGGUAAAAUAAGCUGUUCUAUGAUAAGCAAUUAACACUCGAGAUCCUAUCUGAUCUGAAGGAUUUUGAGUAUCAAGAGAAAGUAAAUGUUUAGCAUAUUAUUGAAAAUGCUCUUUAUUAUGGGGUUAAUAUAGGCAAAGAGCCUUAAUUAGCUUGGAUUGGUCAUUUGCCAAAUUUGCUAGAUCUACCUCCUAAUUGGCGAAAAGUUAUAGAUAAAGAUAGAAAUGAUGUUAAAUAUGUGAAUGUAAAAACAUUGGUAGAGAUGAUAAAUCAUCCAGCAGAUCUGUACAUUUACAAUUUAAUUGAGGAACUCAGAAAUUACUAUAAAAAUCAUUAAAGAGAAGCUGAAGAAAUAUAAUUAUUAGCUUCAACUGAUGGUUUAAUGAGGAGAUUUACUGCUAAUCUCUCAGCAGCUACGAAGCAAUAUCAAGAAUUUCUGGAUGAUUACAACAGAAAGCUUAAGAAACUUAAUCAAAAAUACAAGCCCAAGAAAUACUCAAAGAAAAAUUCCCCCAAUAGAAGUCCAAAUUCAUCAAUGACAGCUAAUGGCUAGACAGGCAUGCUUCUUAGAUAAGAAUUAAAAAAGCUCAAGGACUUCCCACCUGACGAGGAAGAUUUAGCUCCAAAAGUUUACACUCCUCAGCCUGAAAUUGAAGUAUAAGAAGAUGAAGUAGCUGACAUAUUCAAAAGAUAAGAACAAUAAUUGUUUGAAAUUGCAAGUUAAUGUAGCAUUGAAAUUGAAAAGGAAAUAUACCUGCUAUUUGCUCUUGAGAACAUCAUAAUCCAGCAAAGAUAUAGUUACUAUCAUGAAACUUGGUAAUUUAGAGUCUCAAGGGAUAAAAAAUCUGAAAAUAAAACUAAUAAAGUAUGGUGGCUUAAUUUGAAGAGCUCGGAGUCCUCUAAGUAGUAUCCGUUUUUGGAAGAGGCAAAGAAAAAAAUCGAAGAGUUUAAGACUGAGUUGUCAGGAUACAUUAAAAAGCAAGAAGGAUAGGUUAAGACGAAAGAAGAAAUCUCUCAGUUCUUUGUAGGGCCAAAAGGCGAUACAAUAUUACAGAAAGUUGUGGAAUAAAGAUUGAAAAUGACUGAGCAAAUCAUAAAUGCUAGACUGAAAAAAUAAGCUAUAAUUAAAGAUAUCAAUAUCAAGCAAAGCAAUAUGCAUAUUAUCCUUGAUACUUCAGACUCAGAAUUGAGUGAUGAUGCAGUCAGUAAGAUGAUCUUAAAAAGAAGAGGUUCUUUAAGCAGAAGAACGAGCAGAGCAGAGUUAGAAGAGGUGGCCGAGUUUGUAACAACUUACCUCAAUGGAAACUUUAACACAUAAGAGAUCAAGGAUCUAAUAUUCUAUUGUCCUUUUAAGCUUUAUAAAGACCUGCUUAAAGACAAGGUUUUACUUAUUCAAAGGAACUUUAGAAAUUCUAAUAUGGAAUUAAACGAAGAUAACACUGAAAGUUUAGCUAGCGUCAAAUCAAGUGAUUAUGACACAGAUCAUAUUAGUGAAUAACUAAGUUUGAUGAAGAAAUUUAAGAAUGAUACAAACCAAAGUCAUAACUCUGCCAAUAGCAAGGAUAGCCAAGGAAAAGUUAAAGGCUUUAAUCUGCAAGCCAUGAAAAUUGAAGAAGGAGUAAGUAAUUCAGAAACUCAUACACCUCAUGGAGGAAUCAAGCUGAAGAAAGCUUUUGAUAAGUUUUAAAAUGCAAUUGAUGUAGUUGAUGUCGAUGUGCCUGAUAACCAAUCAAAGAAUUUUGAUAGAGCAGAGUGGCCUGCAGGAAUGCUGCCAAGUAACUAUGUAUCUUCUCAAGGUUCAUUUAGACAGAAUAAUAAUAGUUCGGCAAACAGUGUAAAUAAAAGGUUAAGUGAAAGAAAUAGAAGGAGAAUGCUUGGUUCUAAAGAAAAAUUCAAUUCAUCAGAUGUCAGAUCUGGUUUGAAUGGCUAGGAAUCCUCUGACAAGAAAUUAGAGAGAGGAUCUUUAGGAGAUAAGAGUCAAUAUUUAACUGUAAAAUUGUUCAAAAGAUCAAAUACUAGAGAUAUUGAUUCAUUAGAUAGGGAGAAUUCAAGAAGGAUUAUCGAUUUCUCUACUAAUUCAAGAAAGGAAAGCAAUCAAAACAUUAUUAACAUCAAGGAAUAAGACAGUAUAGAUUAAUAAUCUUUAGAUUCCUUGAUCAAUAGACCUAAGCUAUCACCAAACUAUCAAAAUGAGGGAGAAAGCAAUAAUAGCCCAGCCUUGUCCUAGCAAAGCUUAAGUCCAGAUCAAAUUAUAAAGAACAUCUUGAAUGAUAGUAGAAUCCAAAAAGAGCUUGCCCUGCAAAAGCUGGAAAUGAUUAGGACUUAGAAACAAAAGAAUAAGCUGGAGACAGUGGGCAAGAUGUUUGCCAGUGAUGUACACAUAGUUUACAAUAAGUCCUAAUCUUUACUCUAAAAAGAAGUGCAUUAUAAGGUGCUUAAACAAAUUCAAGGAGUUGAUGCUAAGAAGUACAAAGAUGAUGAGAAGUAGAGAAUCUAAGAGAAAUAUAGUAAUCAGAGAGAGAAGUUACAAAGGGAAAUGAGAAUGAACUUUAUUACAAGUAAAGUAGCUGAGAUAAAAAAAUCUUAGGAAAACAGUUAGGACUCUGGCACAAACUCCUCGCAAGAUGACUACAAUGAUAAUAUGGAAGACUACUAAAAUUUGGACUAAUAUUUCAAGAUAAAAAACUUAUAGAAAAGAUUUGAAAAAUCACCAUCCAAUGAGAAUUCUAAUGCAUAGUCUAAUCAAUAAUUUAGGAAGUAGAGUACUAUAAAUCUUAAAAAUAUGGUUUACAUGAGAAAUGGACUAAGAAAUAAGAGAUCAAGCCAGAAAAUAGAUAUUAAAAAUCUACUUUAAAAAAGGAAAUCUAUCAUUGAAACCAAAACAAACUAACCUAAUUAAGGCAGGAAUAUUAUUGUCCUUAAGAAGACUAGAGACCUUCAGUCACCUAAAACUAUUCAAGGCCGAGAUCGAUCAAAUUAAAAAAGCAAUUCCAAGAUAAGAGGCAAUAAUCUCAGCAGUCCAAGAAAGUAGUCGAUAAUAUAGAUGCCUGAAACUGAAAUCCCUGAGUAACUAAGAACUAAGACAACAUAGCAGUCAAGAUCUAGAUCAAAGUCACCAGAGAAAAAUAAUCAUGACAUAAUUGACUACAUUCAAACAGUUAGGUCUGAUUAGGUUUAGAUCAGCACAAUGAAAGAAGAUUCAGUUACUCCAUUCUAAGAUCCGAAAUAUGAAGUAACCCCAAGGAAUUAAAAGGUUGAUGAAGGAUCAAUGGAAGGCUAAGAAGAAGAGAGGACCUCUAGACAACAUGAAAUAGUUAAAAGAACCUAGAUCUCUCCAGCUAAAAGAGUGACUUAACAAAUGUAAAACAAAAACUUAAAGACUCCAGUCUCUAUUAAAUUCACAAGCACUAGACAUCUAUUCUCUCGAGAGAGUGGAUUAGACACUAAGAGGUCAACUGCAGCUCUGACCUUUAGAAAUAGUUCUUAGGCUUAGCAAUUUGAUACUUAGACUAUUAAGGAUUAGUGUCAUAAAUUCUUUGAACACUCCUUUGAUAAUACUUAGGAUUUAAGAAAGAUUUAGGGCUUUAAUUAAGAAUUUAGUAGAAUAAGAGCUCAAAGUGGGUAUUUAACUUAAAGAACUACAGCCAGACCAAGCACUGAUAUUGGCUAAGCAAGAGCUAAACUUAUCAACAUGAAAUCAUCAAUGAGUAAUAGAAAGAAGAAUUACUACAAUUAUUAUAAGGAGAUCCUUGGCGACCCAUCGACCACAGAAUUAGCCAAUCUUAAUUUCUAAGAAACAAUUAGUGGUGUUGAUCCAAUACACGUAUUCUAAAUGGGCCUUAGACUAGGAAUAAUAGACUAGAUUCCUCCUAAGACUUUCAAAUGCCGAGAUAAUAUAAACUCAAAAAGCAAUCCUGAUUUACUUUGGAUUGCAUAAUAAGCCUUAAUAAUUAAAACUCCACCAGAAAGUUUUCCUCAAAGCUUUUACUUAGGUACAUUUGAUGUCUAUCAUUCUUUGUCAACUCUAAACGUUGGCUUGCAUCCAGGGGAUACUUUCUUUAGAGAACUAGUAGAAAACAUUCAGAAAAGAGUAGACUACUCAAAGUUUCCUUCGAGUUAAGUAAUUCAAUGUUCUUGGCUCUUCUUUAAAGACCAUUAUUUUCAAUCAAUAGACGAGGUAGCAUCUGAAUAAUCUGCAGUAAAUAAAGGGUACUACUUUAAUAUGAUAACUUAAAAGUAGAAUUCUGGAGACUAAAUACCAAGAGGGAUAGAUUUUGAAAGACCUAGAACUUCAAUAUAAGUGAAUAAUACUAUUUCAUUAAGAAGAGUAAAAAGUGGAUUCCUGACGUAAAGAGGUACCAUUAGAAAUCUUAAGAAUAUGGGAUAGAAGUCUUACAUAUCACCUUCUAAAGAUAGCCCAAACAGAUAAGCUCUAACUGAUAGGGGCACAAGAAAAAGUUCAAUUAAAUCAAAAUAUCUACAGAAUAUUAAAUCGAAGAUUGAAGGAGCUAAUAAAUACUUUCAAGAACUGAAAAUCAAGCAUCAAAACUUUAAAGACACUUUGCCUUCAUAUGCACCUCUGAGUAGUAACCAAUUUCAAAUUUAGAGAAAAAUGAGUUAAGAAUUCACAAAGAAGCCAAAAGAGGAGCCCCCUGAGCAUUAAGUGAAGAUGAAUAAUGAGAUCAUCGCUUAAAAAUUGAGCUCUUUUAAUAACCAUAAUGAAUCACAAAACGAAUCUUCAUUCCAUAUGAAGACACUAAUUAAAAUGCCUAAGCAGUAUGUUUAUAAAUCUAACUUGACACCGUUUUAGCGCAAUCUGAUAUUGAAGCAAUAGUUGUAGAUUCAAAACCAAAAGUAACCUUAGUAGUUUGAUAAGAUUCCUGAAUUGAGGAUUGAAGAAAUUAACCUACAUCUAAAGGAAGAUCGACUCUGUAUGUUUGACUUAAAAUACACUGACAGAAAUUCCUCUUCAAAAAAUUCACCUGCUCGCAGUCUAAAGAGUUAGAGCUAACAGUAAUAAUAAACCUAAUCUGCUCGAAGAUCAGUAUGCAAACAGUAUAUCAGUAAAAAUACAAACCACCAAAAGAAGAUAAGUGAAUUCUCAUUGCAAUCAAGAAAUAGUGAUUUUUAAUGCUAAACACCAAUUGAUGAUUUUGAAUGA